UUGCCAGCUGUGGUGUUUUGACGUGGAUUUUGUUUGUUUGUUGAUCGUACGGAUUCUCUUUCUACCAAAACCAGAUUUGUUUGGUAUAUUUGCCGCAUAGAACAGUUUUCAAAAUAGUUUACGGCUACCAUUCCCACCAUACGGUCAAACAUGGCAAAGGAAAAGUAUUCCAUUCUGCUGCCGACGUACAAUGAACGUGAAAACCUUCCAAUCAUUAUCUGGCUGAUUGUGAAGUACAUGCAAGAGGCGAAAAUCAAUUUCGAAGUGAUCGUCAUCGACGAUGGCAGUCCGGAUGGGACACUGGACGUUGCAAAGCAGCUGCAAAAAAUAUACGGCGAAGAUCGCAUCCUUCUCCGGCCGAGGGCAGCAAAGCUGGGCCUGGGAACUGCCUACAUUCAUGGAAUAGAGCACGCCACUGGCGAUUACAUCAUUAUCAUGGAUGCUGAUCUGAGCCAUCAUCCCAAAUUCAUUCCACAGUUUGUUGAGCUGCAGAAGAAAGGUGGCUUCGAUGUAGUGUCGGGAACUCGGUACAAGGGAACCGGCGGUGUGUAUGGAUGGGACUUCAAGCGAAAGCUCAUCUCACGUGGAGCUAACUUCCUCUCCCAGUUGUUGCUGCGUCCGAAUGCGUCCGAUCUGACCGGAUCGUUCCGGCUGUAUCGUAAAGAGGUUCUUAAGGAACUGAUAUCACGCUGCACCUCGAAAGGAUACGUCUUCCAGAUGGAAAUGAUCGUCCGAGCCAGGCAGUUGAAUUACACCAUCGGAGAGGUUCCUAUAUCGUUUGUCGAUCGUGUGUACGGCCAGUCCAAGCUCGGUGGUUCCGAGAUAGUACAGUUUGCGAAAAAUUUGUUAUACCUGUUUGCCACUACGUAA